CAUCAAUGAAAAUCUUAGAUUAAAUCAAGUAAGAAGUUGAGCACUAAAUGCAAACCAAAUAUGGCAAAAGCAUCUCCAAAAGAUAUAAUAAAGCUACUUUAACUAUACGAUGGAUCCUCAUCUACAUGGUUCUAGUCCUAAACUAAACAAUUAAAUAAGUAUUCCUUUAUUAUAAUUUUUAAAAGUCAUCCGAUUUAUUAGGAAUCAAUUAUACUGCAGCUAAAAAUAUUUAUAGACAAUACAAAAAUUAAUAUUUAAACCAAAAUCUAUAAAGAAGAGCCACAAUCUCAUCAAGCAAAAACUAUAACUGGAAAAAAUUUUAAGUCAAAGUUAUUUGUCAAUAAACUCAAAUCCAUUCAUAUACACUUGACUUAUAUAUUCAAAAUUGA